AUGAAGAAGGAUGUUAAUCACUACUGCAAUCAUCAUCAACAUCGGAGCAUUCUUUCAUUCAUCCUGAUUCAAAUUACAAUCAUUGCCGCCGUCGCCGCUCCCUUCUCCGAUCAGUCCUCCUCUGUCCCCGACUACGGCGACGCUCUGUCGAAGAGCCUCCUCUACUUCGAAUCCCAGCGCUCCGGCCGAUUGCCACACGGCCAGCGCGUCAACUGGCGCCACCAUUCCGCCCUCCUCGACGGCCUCGAACAAGGCGUACGUGCGCCUUGCUCUGUUUUCGUGGACUUGGUGGGCGGGUACUAUGACGCCGGAGACAACGUCAAAUUCGGGCUGCCCAUGGCCUUCACCAUCACCAUGCUGUCGUGGGGAGUGAUAGAGUACGGCGACGAUAUGGCCGCCGCCGGAGAGUACCACCACGCGCUCGAGGCGAUUAAAUGGGGCACCGAUUACUUUGUCAAAGCACACACCAGCCCCAAUGUCCUCUGGGUUCAGGUGGGAGAUGGUGAUACUGACCACUACUGCUGGCAACGGCCGGAGGACAUGGCGACGUCCCGGCGGGCGUACAAGGUGGACGAGAAGAAUCCGGGGUCGGAGGUGGCCGGGGAGACGGCGGCGGCGAUGGCGGCGGCUUCGAUUGUGUUCAGGAGAACGAAUCCACAUUACGCCCACCUGCUAUUACAGCAUGCACAACAACUGUUCGAGUUUGGAGACAAAUACAGAGGCAGGUACCACGAGAGCGUGAAGGCAGCCAAGGGUUUCUACCCUUCCACGAGCGGCUACAACGACGAGCUCCUCUGGGCCGCCCUAUGGCUCUACAAAGCCACCACCAACCAAACUUACCUCAACUACGCCCUCCAAAAUGCUCACCACUUUGGUGGAGCCACUUGGGCCGUCAAGGAGUUCAGCUGGGACAUCAAAUACGCCGGCCUCCAGCUCCUCGCCUCCACCCUACUGAGGGAUGAAACAACUAGGCACGACAACCACAGCCGCAAUAUACUAGAAACCUACCGCUCCAAAGCCGAGUACUACUUGUGCGCCAACCUCAACAAGAACGUUGGAAACGAUAACGUGCAGCUCACGCCAGGAGGCUUGAUCUACAUCCGACAAUGGAACAACCUCCAAUACGCGUCAUCAGCGGCGUUCCUGCUCACGGUCUACUCCGACCACCUCCGGUCCACGAACCGCCGGCUGUCAUGCAGCGCUGGCGGCCACGUGGACCCGUCGGAGAUCCUCGGGUUCGUCAGAUCGCAGGUGGAUUACGUGUUGGGGAAGAAUCCGGCGGGGACGAGCUACCUUGUGGGGUACGGCAAACGGUACCCGCAGAGGGUGCACCACAGGGGAGCUUCGACGGCGUCGUAUAAGAGCCACGAGGGUUUUAUCGGGUGUGUGCAGGGGUACGAUAUUUGGUAUAGGAAGAGAGAUCCCAACCCUAAUGUUCUGGUCGGGGCGGUUGUCGGCGGGCCGGAUGAGAAGGAUCGGUUUCGGGACGUGAGGGAGAAUCACAUGCAGACGGAGGCAUGUACUUACAAUACGGCCGCACUUGUUGGGGUUUUUGCGAGGUUGAAUAGGUUGGAGGAGGAGGAGGAUGAUCCCUUUGACGAGUAUUCUUCAUCCACAAUUGCGUCCAUGUAG